AUGGAACGCAGAGACUCCCGUUUAAAAUGAUACUUCCACGCCAUAGCUUACGGCUUUGUUCCAGCAGCUAUCGCUAAAACAACACUUGCCCCAUUGGAAAGAAUUAAGCUUAUCCUCCAAACACAAGAUAUUUCUAAUCUGCCAGUCCAUGAACGAUAUCGAGGGGUCGCUCAUUAUUUGUCAUCAGUUCCAAGCCGAGAAGGCUUCUUUGGUUAUUGGCGAGGCAACUGUGCAAGUCUUCUUUCAAUAUUUUCGUCAACUUCAAUGAAAUUUUGGAUUGGAUUAAGGAUUAGGAAUAUAAUAAUUCGAGGAAGUAAAGAAAAAACGACAUUUGAGAAAAUGCUACUGGAAUGGUGUGCAGGCUGGAUAACAGGGACUUUAAUCAUGACAUGGGCUUAUCCUUUUGACUUAGCAAGGACAAGAAUGGCAGGAGAUUUUGGAAUAAGAAGACAUCGAAUUCAUGCAUCAUCGUGGAGCUGUAUUAAAAGUGCGUUUGAUGAGCAUAAAAUUAAAGGAGCUUAUCAAGGAUAUAUGAUUUCUGUGGCAACAAUGGGGCCGUAUUUAGGUUUAGCUUUUUAUUUGCAUGAAGAAAUAAGACAAUGGAUGGAAAAUAAUGAGCAGAGCGAGUAUAAAGAGAUUGGAAAGUAUUUUAGUGCUGGAAGUUUGGCAGGACUGGCAGCGGAAACACUGUUUUAUCCACUUGACACAAUCAAAAGAAAACUGCAAAUUAGCAAGUCUGAAGGAUAUACAGAGGGGUAUGAUUCAAUUUUGAGUUGUGUUAAAGGAACACUGAAAUCUCAAGGUGUGAGAGGUUUUUACCGAGGAGUAUUGGUCAAUGUUGUGAAGGUAGUGCCAACGAUAGGAAUUAAUUUUGCGGUUUAUGAUUAUUUCCAAGCCCAUCAAAUAGAAUUUAAAGUCCGCAAAGCCUCAUCUUAA